CUGCCAGAAUUGUAUGCAUGUGUUGAGGAAUUUAAUAAGGAGAGCAAGAAAUCAAAUCUCCUAAAAAUUCAGGAUAUUUCACUUAAUGAGGCACAGAAAAUGCUCACUAAAAACCUGGACGCCAUGUCACUCAUCAGUGGAACUGGUGUGAAGAGACAAGAUCCCCAACCUGUCUUCACGUGCACAGUGGUUAAAAAAGAGGACCAGAAGCCAGAGUCCAUGGCGGAGGUCCUGCACCACAGUCUGCUGACCAGCUCCCUGUCCCCCGGGGAGAGGCUCUCCAGGUCCCAGCAGAGACUGUCCCAGUAUGGGAUCCAUCCACCCACGCACACUUUCCCUUAUGAGAUCCUCAUCGACCACUCAAAUGCGCUGUCACUGGUUGCCAUGUGGAAGAAGAUUCAGAGCAUCAAAAUAAUGUGCAGGCUAGGCCUUCCCAUUGCCUCCCCCCAAAAGUUUGUCUUUGGAGAAAAAGUUCCUACCUACUUCUUAAGGGAACAAGAAAAACAGUUCAUGGAUCUAAGGGACCUGGAGUGGCGGUAUUAUAAGGGGCUUGUGAAGUGGAAGGACACGACCGUGGUUCCUCUCUUGGACAUAAACUACGACACCGAGAAGAGAUUUGUAGAGAGCCAGGACAUGCCCGAUGUUAUUUCCCCCCCUAUAGUUCAUAAGUCUUUGGUCAUUUAUCCUCAAAUUGAUUACCAAAAAGAAGGAACUUAUUCUCUGCAAUGGAAUAUGUAG